GAGUGGACCACAUUUCUCUAUGACUCUCACGUCAUUGUUGAACAACAUUUUGAUUCUUUGGAGGGAAAACUUUCUGGAAUAAAACAUUGGACAAGCUUUGGUCCGAGGAUCCGUGGUCCCAGGAAUCGUGUGGGUCAUAAGGAUAAAACAAACGUCACAGCAUAACGCGAGAUGAAAGGAAAGCCUCAUAAGAACCAAGGAUAAAAACGUCAUGAAAGUCUUUAAAAUGUGCAAAUUAGAGACCGUCUUUGAAUUUCACUUGGCUGUGCUAAUACGCUAAUGGGUUUGGAGUGGUACGUUGACGUUGUGGUGUAGGUCCGGUCGUUAGAAAGGGAUUGGUGAAAGGCUUCGUCCAAAUAGCCGUUCAUUCUGGACUGGUCGAUCGAGCGGUGAACUGCUAGUCCUAGCGUGUGUAGUUUCGUUAUUGAUUACAGUGUUCUCGUCUGCUCGUCACGUUUGGAAAUACCACAAGCGUCAUGUGGCAAACGAGCCAAUAACGCCAUUGAUGGAGUGUUAUGUCGUCUGCUUAUAAGGAUCAUGCACACAUUCCGGAAUACUGUAGAGAAAUCAGUAAAGGAGUAUAUACUUCAGACUGGUGCCAGCAUUUUCUUUUGAUCCUGACAGCGUGCCUUGACGAUAUUUUUGGAUUAAUGAUUACCGGUAGCACACAAAAAUAGUUUCAGUAUCGGAGAAAGCUAGGUGUACAAUAGGCGAAUUCCGUUCUAAAAUUAUAGCAGUGAUUGCGAGGCUUUUGUGUGCUCGAUAUUGUUUAGUCACUCAUGGCAUCGUCAGAUAGAUGGAUAGGUUCACAUAGAGCAGCAACAUUCUUGUUGUUUUUAUGCUAGAAUAAGAGAUCGUUAAUCAUAUUUCGGAUACAUCACAAUAUUAAUCUGGCCAUGGCUUCUGAACCGAGCGUUCAUUACAUUCCGAUCCAGCACAUCUCAUCAGGCGAGCCGCUUCACACAUGCACAGCCAGUACCAUCUCCCUCCUCUCAGAUGAUACGCUUUUUGACGGCUGCAGUUUGCGCUCGGUGUCGUCGUGUGACUCAAGCACGGCGGGCAGCCUCCAAGAUCUCUACCAUAGCCGUCUACUGAUGGCGGGGAGUACACCAGGAUCACGGGGUUCUACCUUAAGCAGGGACGGAUCAAUGGCUUCCAGGGAUAGCCCAAGGUCUUCCCGAUCUAAUGUGUCAAAUUCUAGCUCCAGCAGUACAUUCACAAGGAUCGUAGUCCAGCGGGGUGACACGCCGACGCGGAAUCCUAAACCUUCACCAAGACCCCCCACGCCGCAAAGGGUGGUACGUUCGUUCCUCAGGAGUGAAGAAUCCAGCUCAAGUGGACAGGAGAGUGAAACAUUGAGUAACUGUAGCACCCCUACCAGUGGAUAUAUAUCAGAUUUAGGGAGUCUUGGCGCCAGUACACCCACUCCAUCAACAACAAACAGUUCAUUCGGCUUCCUUACCAGCAGCUCAAAAUUUAAAGUGACCAAUCUUCCCGAGGAGUUAGCUCAGAGACAACAGCAACAUGUGUUGGAUGUGUCACAGCAGUUGCAGCAACAGAUGGCUGUGCUGAAGUCACCAAGGAGGAAACCUAGCACUACCGCCACAACGCUAGAUGGCAAGCUUUUACAACUUAGGAAAGAAUUGUUAAAUCUUCGCCAGCUAGACAUCACUCUUCUUAAGCAACUGUGGGCGCUAGGAGACAGCAUCAAGGAUUAUAAGACAAUGGUUAGCGAACAGCAAGACAAUGUUAGUUUCGACUACUCGUUCUCGGAUUUAUACGGAAUGUGCGGGGAUGAAAACAGUAUAGGGACAGGAAGUGACGUAUCUAUUCCCAUCAUGUUUCAAUCGCCGGAGGAUUUAGACUCAUCUUUGCGACCUCGCCGCCAUGAAAGACAUGGCAGCAGCGGUGACGAGGUCGUUCAACGGAGAAGGAACAAUAAAGCGGAAAUGUCGACAGGGAUAUCUAAAACGGAAAUGUCGACAGAAUGGAUGGUGUAGUUACAAUGGUGAAGUGAGAAAGUGUGGUUGAAAGUGAGAUGCCAGAGCAUGAGGUUGAUAAAUGCAUGAAAUAGUGAUCUAUAUAAUUGCUGAUACGCUCAAAAAAUAUUGAAUGGAAAAGGAUGAUUAAAAUAUCUACAGUACAGCUACUGUACAUGCAACAAGAGUCAAUGGUAAUGACCACUAGGCAAUUAAAUAAACUUAUUAGCUUAUCAACCAGCAUGACUGCAUGGGCCUAAAACCAGUCAUUCCCGGUCUUUACCGGUUUUUUUGUGUGGUUCAGUCUAUCUGUCCGUGUGGGCGAAGAAGAUAAAAAAGCUCAACACAUUUUGGAUUAUGUUAUUUGAUAUGAAAAUAAGGAGUGCGGCCCUGGCAUUGGCUGUGACAUUAGCUGCAUAAGAUCGUUUCUAGGUUUAAUUGUUUGGUCCAGUUUAAGCAAAUCAAUCAACUUUAUAUCCUGAAAUUGAGAUUCAUGAAACCAGUCAUUUUGUAGACUCUGAUGUAGUCAGGUGGCUAUUUCGUCUCUUGUCAUGUACCAGGCUAAAAUCCAUUAACUGGGAACAGCCAUUACGUCAAUAACUGUGCUCUAGAAACGCUGGCGUUUCCAGGGAACUGAUUUAUUGUACCGUCAAUUGUGGAGAUUACCUCCCAUACCAGACAAACAUGAGCUGUUGCUAUGGCAACGCCAGACAGACAACUGUUGCUGUAUUUGGUAUAAUUUUCAUCAUAGAAAUAUUUAGAAGGUUAUUAGAGGAGAACAGUUUCGAAGCUCAGAAUUAACUUAUAAUUGGUGCUGUAUUGUUUAUCAAAGAUCUCCUGAUUUGAUUGUUGUACGAAAAUCAACACUAGGCAGGUUUCGCAAUCCUUACGAACGUACGAAGGACGAAGUACGAAAUAAUACGAAGGUUCAUGGUGUCGUCACGUCCGGCGCCAAUUAAUUUACGCGACAAUCGUAAUAGCAUGAGAAAUCGGAGACCCGUCGUCGAUAAAAAACGGUGCAUAUUUGUACAACGUCCUUUGGAGAAUGCGUCGUCCGUAGCUUUUCGCAAAACCUCCCUAACUGUACUAUAAACUUAUCUGUGGCGAGGCAAACACUCUGCUGGCCGACAGCAACUUGAAAGUGGUGCCGGCAGCGCGUAGUUAUCUACUGUAUCCCCUGUCUCACCAAAUCUCACGCAACUCUUAUCCGGCAAUUGGACCAUGCCGAUCAUCAUUCCCAGCGCAUUCUGAUGAAAGAGACCGCUUUAUCAAUUGCUUAUAGUUCAUGUACCUUUGAUAGAGCAUCUGAAGGGGAUUGUUGAGGGAGCACAACGAUACUAACAUUGACGUUUACCAGGCCUUGCCGCAGGCGUUCGACCUUCUUGGGUGAGCAGGCAGCAUCAGAGUACAUGUAGCCGCUCUUGGCCGGGCUCUUCUGAAGGGAAACCCGGCAUGGCUAUCAACAAACCAUCUUGACAUGCAAGGCUCCGAGAUCUCAAUGUUCCUACGAGCACUUUAUUGGGUUUGGGUGUGAUGUCACCAAACUGGUCAAAGAAACUGCUCGACACAGUGGCAGUAGAACAUCUGUCUUGCGUACGUGACCGUCCGGCAGGCAAUAACCACCUCAUUCUCAUUGGUGAUGUUCCUCCAGGCCAAGUUUGUACGAAUCCCAUUCCGCAAAAGCAAUUCGCGAUGCUGCCGCAAACCGGCAGAAUCCCUUGCAUAUGCUACCAUAAAGGAACAAACAUAAAGGUCUCACUAAAAUUACGCUGUAUUCACCUUUCCUUGUGAUUUCGCCAAUCGGUUUGCGAUCUUCUAAAAAACAAGCGCGUAAGUUUUAGCGCCGAGACCACCAUUUUCAUCUCAUUAUAAUGGAACUGAUGAUUUUUUUUCAAUAGUGAUAUACAUCCCGCGCCCAGAGACCUUCUCUCGACACUCACAGCUUGUAACGUGUAGCGUUUGCGAGGGAGGACUAUACAACUGACUAUGGAAUUCGAGGAUGAUGGAUGUAGGCUCUAAUGCCAGUUUUACUCAAAAACAUCCUUUAGUUCUUUUCAUUCAUGAAGGUUUUUUUAUUCAUGAAAUCCAUAUUUUCGGCUCACUGAUCUAACUGAUUGUUUGUGAACAAGCCAUUACGCUUUCUGACGUCUAUUGGCUAAAUAAUGUUAUUGAAGAUCGCCAAGGGAAUGGUAAAUCGGCUCAGUAAUGAUAUUAUCGAUAGUUUCGAGGUGAUUGGUUGAUUAAAGGUUGGAGGUGAUUGGUUAAUGACGUAACGGAAUGAUGUUAACGACCAAUAAGAAAGAGAUAUUGGGGUAAUCGAUUACUGAUGCCAUCAUAUCAAUGUUUUAUUUGAUUGCCUAUUGCCAUGUGUCAACUUUGAUUACGAGCUCAUGCAAUGUCUAAAGGUGAGAUGUCUUGAGAAGAACGAUGUUAGUUGAAUGGUAACGUUAACGGUCCAACAGGCUAUGAGAGCCGGGACACGCCAAUUUGUAGGCAAGAGCCCGCAUUUUGGAUGUUACGUGUCAGGAAUCAGAAAGCUAGCCAAGAGACACAUGUCACCCUGUCUUCUUUAUAGCACGUUACUUUUUGUUUGGGUUGGAGGGCUUGACUAAUUGGUGGAUUCCCGAGGCAGCACAUAGUCAUCCCAAACACGAAUUUCCGCUCUGGGAGAGGGACGAUGCCGAUUCACUAGGGGCCUUCGGAAUCGGUCAGAAUUGGUCAGUAAAUCACUUGUAUUGACAUCGGUGCCCAGAAGCCAACCAAUCAAUCUCUAAAGUAUUGACGGUCACUGCCUCGACAUACCAUCAGCCGUCAGAAUACAAUAGGGCGGACACUUUUUUCGGAGGGACAUUAUCUACUUUUACACCGGCGUGCUCACCUUGCACGGCAUGGUUCAUUCAAUUUCCUUGGCCAGCCCUCUGUGUCAUCUAUAGAUAAAGAGUCAUGCCUUAAGUCUCACGCCGAAUAUGGGGGUCGAACCAGGGAUCUCUUGACCAGUAGCUGAGAGUUUGAGUCACACCUCCACAUUGGCUCCUUACCGACGAAAAGGACGCAUUUUGUAACCAAUGCUCAUAAUGAUAUGUAAUGUAAUAAAGUAAUGCUUUGUAGAUGCAAUGUAUCUUUCAAUUUUUCAAUUAAAAUUUGUAAUAAAGGU